GAUUCCGGUUACCCGGUCACAACAGUCGUGCUUGAGGGUUGAGAUGAGAUUGACUUGAACCUUCGAAAGUGAAGUGACUCUUACAGUGCUUUCUUAACCUAUACACGGUUUUCCGUCCACGAAACGCGUUUGAAUAAUGGUUGAAUGCCUUUGCCGAUAUUAUGUUCCCAGGUUCCCUUUUCCACUCAGGUGGGAUCUUCCCCCCGACUAAUUGUCCAAAAACAGUGGAACCAAAAUUGGAACGGCAAAAGCGAAAACAGAAACAAUGGCCGCUGCCACUGCGGCCGCUGCGGCUGCUGAGCUCUCCCAAUUGUCUUCCUCAGAUUCAAUUUAUGGCAAAUUGCAAAACUUCAACAUUGAGAAAAAGAUAGGGAAAGGCCAGUUUUCCGUGGUUUAUCGCGCCACAUGCCACAUCGACGGUCGAACUGUGGCUUUGAAAAAAGUCCAGAUCUUUGAAAUGAUGGAUCCCAAGGCUCGGCUGGACUGCAUGAAAGAAAUCCAACUCCUCCAGCAAUUGGAUCAUCCUAAUGUCAUCGCAUAUCUCGCCUCGUUCAUCGAGGAGAACGAGCUGAACAUAGUAUUAGAGCUGGCUGAUGCCGGAGACCUCUCGCGGAUGAUCAAGCAUUUCAAGAAACAAAAGAGGCUAAUACCGGAGAGAACUAUUUGGAAGUAUUUUGUCCAGCUGUGCUCAGCGUUGGAACACAUGCAUUACAAAAGGGUAAUGCACAGAGACAUCAAGCCUGCCAACGUCUUCAUAACCGGUGAAGGAGUGGUGAAACUCGGGGAUUUGGGAUUAGGGCGGUUCUUCUCAUCCAAAACGACAGCAGCCGUGUCCUUGGUCGGGACCCCUUACUACAUGUCCCCAGAGCGGAUUCAUGAGCACGGUUACAAUUUCAAGUCAGAUAUCUGGUCCCUGGGCUGCCUUCUCUACGAAAUGGCUGCUCUCCAAUCGCCAUUUUACGGGGACAAGAUGAACUUAUUUUCUUUGUGCAAGAAAAUCGAGCAAUGCGAUUAUCCCCCUCUCCCGUCAGAUCAGUACUCCGAGGAGCUAAGGUCCUUGGUGGCAGAGUGUAUCAACCCAUAUCCCGAGAAACGUCCCGACGCGGUACAUGUCCACAAGAUUUCCCGGACCAUGUUCGAAAAAAACCAGCCCCCCUCGAGUGCCAUGAGCUAUAUAAGCUACAACCCAGCCUUAAACCCGGACGGCAGCAACAACUCUAGCAUCUCCUCUAGUUUGAACAACAUUCGGAUUAGAGAUGAAUGAGACAGGCCAUCACAGACUAGAAAGCCCUUUCGAGGUUCGGAGAACUCCCUCCCAGAAGAUCCGGCCUUGAAAUGGCUGAGAGGUGGUAAACCAAUCAAAAGUACCAAGUAUGAAGUCUACAAGAAUGGUUUGGCAGAUGAUUCGAAGCCUUUGGAGUGCAAAAACUCGUUCCCAAGCUCAGCACAGUCCAAGUAUUACAAUGACCAAUUGGGUGAAUCGUCUUACAGUAUUCGGGGAGAUGUGGCAUUUGGAUCUCGAAAGAAAGCCAGCUUCUAGGGAAGUUCCUACAUCAGUAUUAAAGGCACUGAAAGAUCGGUUCUAGUCUGUGAGGAAUGACAAAUGGGAAGAAUGUCUGUGAUAUCUAUGCAACUUUCAGAAUACAUCAUAACAUUAUUAACAUGUCCAACCAUUGCCAAGGACAUGAGGUUUAAAUCGGACCAAAAAAAGACCACAAGCGAAAAACAGCUAGUUAUUCUUGAAGAAGAUAUACGACACUAAAACACUAUAAACAAAAGUUGAAAACAAAAUAUAUACUAUAUCACCUAUCAA